AUGUUGGAAGGUCAGGACCCGGAAACUGUCAACAAAUUCGUCAAGUACUACACACACGGCUACGUAAAGAAGCGCGGCGAGCACCUGCCGGCCCACUACAAAUACGACGAGCUGCAGGUCAAGGCACUCGUCAACUUCAUACACUGCGCCAAGGACUUCGACACCUUCUAUAAGGCAGCUGCGUGGGCCAGGGAACGCGUGAACGAGGACCUGUUCUGGUACGCAAUCAACGUUGUCAAGCUACACCGCGAUGAUCUUUUCCAACUCGCAACGCCGCCCUAUUACGAGCUCUACCCCCAGCUCUUCGUUAGUGACGGCGUCAUCAGUGAGGCGUGGAAAGCUACCCUACGAGGGAAGACUUUCAACAAGGGGGAGCCGUAUGUGAUCCAUGCCAACUACAGCGGCCUCCCUUAUGCCGAAGAAGCUGACGAGCUGCUGUCCUACUACACUGAGGACGUGGGCCUGCUCGCCUUCCGAGACUUCCUGCGCUUCCGCUUCCCCUUCUGGGCCAAGAGGGAGGACUACGGCCAGGCCAACGAGACCCACAGGGGAGACCGCUUCUAUUACGACAUCAAGACCACCCUCAGCCGCUACAGCCUAGAGAGGCUCUCGAACAACCUCCCUGACAUUGAACCUCUCGAUUACGAGAAACCAGUCCCAGGAGUCAAGCCGGACAGCUCACUGGCGGAACCCCCCAUCGUGGGCACAACAUCUGCCAUCAAGUCUCCUCUGUUCUACAAGAUUGCUAAGCGAGUUGCUAUGCUGAUGCUGCCUGGCGUGACAGUGGAGAGCCUGACCGUUGACAAGCUGGUCACGUACUUCGAGGACUAUGACUUCGAGCUGAACAACGCUGUUCCGGUGGCGAGCCAGGAGGAGGCCGCCAGACUGAACGUCGUGGCCCGGCAACAGCGUCUGACGCACGUUCCCUUCAAUUACCACGUCAAGGUCACCAGCGACAGGGAGAUGGACGUCUUCGUUCGCUUCUUCAUAGGCCCGGUCUACGACGCAUAUGGCAAGAAGCUGUCUAUGGAUGAGAGGCGGCACAAAAUGGUCUACAUCGACUCAUUCGGCAUGAAAUUGAAAAGGGGAGUGAAUGAGGUGCUGAGGAGGUCAAAGGACAUCAGCUCCUACACCCAGCUGCCAAUGAGCUUCACUCAGCUGUUCGGAGCCACGGAGGUCGCCAUGGCUAGUGGGACACAGCCGUUUUUCAACUACAUCAUGCGCGUUUUUGGAGACAUCGAUCGCCUGAUGCUGCCACGCGGAACCCGUGAGGGUCUGCCACUCUGCACCUAUGUAAUCAUCAGCCCGUGCUCAACCAAUACCAACGGAAGAAUCGACCCGUACACCAAAGACAUGUGCCCCAAGACCUCCCUAUUCCCAUUCGACAGGCCCAUCAACGAGCUGGAGUUUGACGUGCCUAAUGCGCUUUUUGGAGAAACUGUCAUCUUCCACAGGAACGCCGAAGAGGUGGUUGUGGUCUGA